CAAAUUCACAAGAGUGGAGCUUGGAGGGCCUGUGGUAAAAUGAUUCGUGAACAAGAUCUGACAUGCGUAAAAUGAAAAAACAUAUGUAUUAACCUCAGUUAUUAAGAAAACUGAUGUUUCAAAAUAUGUGUGAUUGAAAUACAUUUUCAAACAAAAUUUUGGUGUAUUAUGUAAACAAAUAUAAUAUUUGUCUUAUAAAAUCAUCAAUGUAAUAUAUCAAACACUCAACUAAAAAUUGUAACAAGAAUAGCUAAAGGACAAAUUUGAAUAUUAAAGCAGACAAUUCUAAAAGUUACAACAGAAUGCUUUUGGCAAUACCUAUGCCACCAAAAAAUUUCUCGGUUAAUGUUAUAAGUCUUGAAGGAAAUGUUACAGAUGUGGCUGUAAAUUCAGAUUUCACAAUAGAAAAAAUUAAAAUAAAUGUAAUAAAGCAUUUUUAUGGUCAUGAUACAGCAAAAACAUCGUCUCAGUUCCGUUUAAUUCAUUUAUCCAAGUUUAAACAACUUACAGAUAGAUGUAGCGUGAAUGAUGAAGAAAUCAAUGAACAUGAUGAAUUAAUAUUAACAAAAAUUCGUCCUGUAUCAAAAGAAAAUUUAUCUGAAGAUACCUUAAAAGGUCCAAGCGAAGAAGUAAUAUUACAAGCAACAAAUGAUCUACCUAUAUUUAAUCCACAUCAUCAUGUUUCAUCUAUUUAUUGUUCUGUAGAUAAUGAAAUACGGAAAAUUUUAAUAACUCUUGUAAAAGCAUCAGCGAAAAUUUUAACGUAUAGUUCAAAAGUAAACAAGUUCUGUGAAAUUUUAAAAGAAAAAUUAGAAAUAAAAUGUAAACCUACUAUUGAUCCAAAUAUUGUAAAAGUUCUAAUGGAAAUGGGUUACUCUCAUCAAAGAGUCAUAAAAGCUCUUUGUUUACGAAAAUCAAAUAUAUCAGAAGCAUUGGAGUGGUUAAUAGAACAUCAAGACGAUUCAGAUGAUGAUAAUGAUAAUAGUGAUGAUAAUGAUUUAGGCAUUUUAACUGAAAGAGAUAAUGAUAAUGUUGUAGCAGGUUCCAGUUUAUCUGAUAAUACGAAAAGAAGAUCUUUGAAGGAAAUGUGUAUUGAACUAUUUAAAGGAGAAAAUCAAGGGUUGCAGAAACAAGAAAAUUUGAUUAAUAUAGUAGAUCUUCUACUAGAAAGUUUUCAUUUUUAUAAAAAAAUGGAUUUCAAACCUAAUUCUAAAACAGUGCAAUCACUUCUAGAAAUGGGAUUUGAUGAAAAAGGUAUUAUUAAUGCACUAAAAGUUACUGGAAACAAUCAAAUUAAUGCUUGUGAAUGGUUGCUCGGAGAACGAAGACAUAGUUUACAAGAUUUAAAUGAAGGAUUUGACUCUGAGAAUCCAAUUUUCAAAGCGAUUAUGAGCAACUCGCAUAUUCAACUAAGUCUUACCAAUCCUAAAAUGUUGCUUGUGUAUUUAUCUAUACUAGAAACCCCAGUUUCUAUAAAUAUGUGGUUGAGCGAUCCUGAAGUGUCACCUAUACUUAAUCAAAUCAUUAAAACAUAUCAUGCUGAAAAACAUGCAAUUCAUAUAAAUCAGUAUAUAAAUAACUAAUAUUAUUAUCACAAAAAAUGAAAUUGUCUUAUUAUAAA